AGUGUGUCUGUGUGCUAGCGUGCGCUCACACUGAGAGAGAGGAGGUGGUGGAGAGACGAUAGGGGGGAAGUGGAGAGUGUAUGUAGGCAUGCAAGUGGGAUUUAAGGGAUAGAGAGACAGGGAAGAGCUGCUUUUACCCAUCUUACCACUUGAGAAGCGAGGGAAGCUCAGCAGUGAACCCAAACACAUGUGUUGGCAGAGGGGAUCUCUGAGGAUCCACGGAUGAGAAAGAGGUGUGGGGUAGCUGAGGAAGAGGAGCCUGAGUGUGUUACGCCCCGGGGGGAGCUCGCACACGCCGCAGACUGCACACACACUCCGGCGGGCGCUCGACAUUGUUUCCCUGACAACUAGAAUGGGCUGCAAUUUGUGCACCUUGCAGAAACGAGAGGAGCACUACAAACUGCUGUACGAGAUUGCACAGGUCAACGGGCGUGACUUCUCCAAGGUGGACCAUGAGGAAGCGGUGGUGGAGGCCAUGCGGCGAGACCCCAUCGUCGUGCAGGUUCUCCGCCGCACCCCCACCGGCGCCACGGUGGCGUUCCCGCCCCAGGAUGCGUGCGUGGCCGACGUCUGCACGCAAACGGACAUCACCUUCGAGCACAUCAUGGCGCUGGCCAAGCUGCGGCCCGCGACCCCGCCGGUGCCUGACAUCUGCCCCUUCCUUUUGUCGGACAGCUGCCAUUCCAUUCACACCAUGGAGCACGAGUUUUACGAAUGUCCAGAGUACCUGUCAAACAUUCCAGCAGAGGUGGAGAGGCCCGAAGAGUAUGAAUAUGAGGAGGUGGAGCUGUGUCGGCAGAACAGCCAGGAGAAGCUGGGCCUGACGCUGUGCUACAGGACCGACGAGGAGGAGGACGCGGCCAUCUACGUGGGCCAGGUGGAGCCAAACAGCCUAGCAGCACGAGACGGUCGCAUCAAGGAGGGAGAUCGUAUUCUACAGAUAAAUGGCUGCGAAGUGCACGACCGAGAGAAGGCUGUUGCCUUGUUGUCGAGUGAAGAGGCAAGGAGCAUCAUACUUCUGGUGACAAGACCAGACAUCCAGCUAGAGGAGGAGGCAUGGCUGGAUGAAGAGCAACAGCAGCUCGUAGAGAAGCUGAAGAUGGAGAUACUUGAAGAGAGGAGGAAGCAGAGGGAGCAGAACUUCGACAGGGAUGAUGAGCCUCAAGCUGAAGAUGACAUGACGGACACAGCGACCUGUUCCUCCAACAAUCAAGACAGUGGCUUUGGACGCAGUACAGACAGUCCGGAGCACCAGCCCCUGCUCGCUAGAGUCCACAGGAGGACCCCGGCCCACCGCCUGAGGGAACGAUGGCGGGCAGAACAUCCACACACGAAACGAGCAACUGGGCCACAGGACACCCAGAGUCAAAGGACCAAAGGUCAAGGUCAUGAGGGGGUGGUGAACAUACGUAAUGGAGGAGGUGGCAUCUUGGGUUUGGAGAAUUGCUUCCAGCAACUUCUGGAGCUCAAGUGUCAAAUUCGAAAUGGGGGAGAGUGCGGGGUGUACUCCAUUCGACACAGCAUAGAGUGUAGCCUCACUGAGCCAGGAAGAGGGGACGGGGACAGCACCGACGACGCCCGAGGAGAGGGAGGGGUGGAGCAGGAGCUGAGAAUGCUCAAUGAGGAGCUGCGCAGCAUUGAGCUCGAGUGCCAGAGCAUCAUGCAGGCGCAUCAGCUCCGUCAGGCCCAACUGGACCCCUCGGUGGCCACGCCCUGCUCACCGGGAUGGAGCCCCAAAGACGGACACAAGCGGCACGGCCGGCUAGCGGACAUUCACGAACACCCGGAGAGGUCGGACAGCGAUAAGAUUCGGGAAAAGGACAGCUCCAGUGCCUACAACACAGCGGAGAGCGCGCGGUCGACGCCGCUCGGUAUGGAGAGAUCUCCAGACCACUCUCUGCAGAGACACAUCAGCAUCACCAACCAGAAAAACCUCAGACUGGUGUCUUCCUCCAGUCCCAUCCCAGUCCCCAAGGGAUCACCCAGUCAUAACAGGCCAGCAGACCCAGGCCCUGGCAUCUCCAGCAGCCCAGAUCAGAGCAACCAGUCCCGCUCUGAGUCGGACCCUGCCCUGCCGGCAGAUGAUGAGAGGUGUGAGAAGAGAGGGAGGACCAGAGACUCCAGAAGAGGAUUUCCUUAUGGGUCGUCAUAUCAGACAGCCCCCCAUCAAAACCAAGGAGGACCCAGGCAACUCCAGAGCUACAUGCAGCUACUUCAACAGCAUUCAUCUCUAGAAUACUCCCAAAGCCAGUUGAGUCUGCUCAGCGUCUGCAGAGAUCCCGUGACCCGGAGUGGAAGACCCGGGGAGCCCCGUCUGGAAUGGAAGGUCAAGGUCCGCGCCGACGGCACCCGCUACGUGGCGCGGCGACCCGCUCGUGACCGCAUCCUGAGGGAGCGGGCGCUGCGGAUCAGGGAGGAGAGGAGCGGAGGCAUGACCACGGACGACGACGCCAUGAGCGAGAUGAAGAUGGGCCGCUACUGGAGCAAGGAGGAGCGGAAGCAGCACCUGGCUCGGGCCAGGGAGCAGAGGAAACGCAGGGAGUUCAUGCAGAAAAGCCGCCUGGAGUGUCUAAAGGAGGGAACGGCCAGUGGAGCUGAGGGGAGGAAGGAGAUCAAUAUCUUGGAGCUCAGUCACAAAAAGAUGAUGAAAAAGCGAAACAAAAAGAUCCUGGACAACUGGAUGACAAUCCAGGAGCUGAUGAGCCAUGGGGCCAGGGUCCCUGAGGGCUCCAAAGUACAUAACGCCUUUCUGUCUGUCACAACUGUUUAGCACACACACGCACACACACAGUAAAGUACUGCCUACUUUUUUAUCAGGUAGCCUGCUUUUCAGGAACCACUGCUUUGUAAUGAAAAUGUCAUUUCUAAGGACCUGUGUAGCAUUCAUGAAGCAGCCUUUUAGCAAGUUAAGAAUGUACAAAUAUCUCCCCACCUCUAUCGUGACAAGACCUCACCGACACAACACGGCCCUGUUUUUACACUGGCUUUUUGGUGCUGGCAGUUUGGUAGCAUGUUGGUUCCAACAGACUGACGAUAGAACCUGAGGAACCAACAGAUGAACUUCAUGUAUACUGUGUAUUGUGACUUCAUGCCCUCCAUUCUUUUGUUUCAUUGCAUAUGAAGCAUCUGCAAUUUGCCUCGUUGGAGGUGGCGUUUUUUUAUAAGGGGGAAAAAAAACUGUAUUUUUCACUUUGUAAACUCUGUUACUUUUGUAAGGGGAUUUUUACACUCAAUGUACAAAACAAUUUAUUGUGAUUUAUUUUUUUUAUUUAUUUAUGUUUACAUCGCCAAACCAUCAAGGACACAAUGUGAUUGUAAUGUAGCUGGCAUUAAAUUUCAGAAUAAGUCAAGGACAACUAAUCACAAAACAUUUCUUUCAUUGUUCACUGAAUCUGAGUAGCACUAAAUUUAAAAUUUUAAAGAACUGAAAAUAUCAAUAUGCAGAUUUACUUUCACAUCAAACUGAUUAACUAUCAAGAGUCUGAGUGGCUUAUUGAAUCAGUGACCUUUGAACCCUGGAGUUGGCCUUUAACCCUUACUGUGUAUGCUGAUUGUGUUAUAAUGUGAAGCGGAUCCAUAUUUAUAUUGUUUACUGUUCUUUCUAUUUAUUGUAAAUUAAAUUUAAUGGUCUGUCUGAUUGUUUCACAUUCAGUUGGUCACCUUGAAGGACGCUGUCAAAACAUGUGUCAUAUUUGCAGCGUUUCAACCUAAGCCUGCUGCUUUUCACUGUAACAUUAAAGAGGCCUUGAAUUCCGUAUUGUUGAUGGUCAUAUUUAUAAUAAAAUGAAAAUAAUACAACACAGA